AAAUUACUAAAUUUAAAAUGACAAGUAUUUAUGAGUCGAAAAAAAACACGGCAGACAGGGUAGACUAAACGCGGCUCAACCAGUCAAAACAAUUGCUUCUCGCCUUCCUAUCUCUCUCUUUAUUAUUUGUCCCCCAACCAUCAAAACGACACCGGACUGGUCAACAUCGUCUUCUCCACUUUCAAGUCUCCAGCUCUAACUCAUUUCACCUUUACUCAAACACACCGAUCCUCGAAUCUAGGGUUUCGUUUUCAAUGACCGAUCAAAAUGGAUUGACCAGUACUAAUUCAACCGGACUUGAUGAUUCUAAGCUCGUCGGAGUUCCGAUGACUGUCGCCGGAGAUUCAGCUGUCGCCGAUCAGAUGGCUGUUUUUCCGGUCGAAGUGAAGCCGGAGUUUAAGCGGAAGCGAGGUCGGCCGCCACGAAGUCAGGCGAAACCGCCGCCGGUGAAGAAGAUGAAGGACGAUGAGGAUGUUUGCUUUAUUUGCUUCGACGGUGGGAGUCUUGUGUUGUGUGAUCGCCGGGCUUGUCCUAAGGCGUAUCAUCCUGCGUGUAUCAAGCGCGAUGAGGAGUUUUUUCGAUCAAAUGCUAAAUGGAACUGUGGUUGGCACAUAUGUACUGUAUGCCAGAAGGCUGCACAUUAUAUGUGCUACACAUGUCCAUUUUCAUUGUGUAAAGGAUGCACAAGAGAUUCCAGUUUCUUGUGUGUGAGAGGAAAUAAAGGCUUUUGCACGACCUGCAUGAAAGUUAUUAUGAUGAUAGAGAACAAGGAGCAGAGUGACAAGGAAACGGCCCAAGUGGACUUUGAUGACUCUCGUAACUGGGAGCAUCUCUUCAAAUUAUACUGGAUAUCUUUAAAGGAUGAGCUGUCCUUGACUUCUAAAGAACUUGCUGAAGCUAAAAGUCCCUGGAAAGAAUUUAGUUUAGCCAGUGCUAGAAAGCAGUCAUUUAAUGUCCAUGGCAGCACAAAUAAUUUUACCAGCGCUGUUGUUGACAUUUCUUCUGGGCAUGUAAAGGUGAAUGAUUCUACAGGACAAAAUUCCAGUGAAUCUAUAAAGCUUCUCAAUAAAGCCUCUCUCAGUACUGGACAACUAUAUAAUGACAAUGGUAAAUCUUCAGAAGGACGCACGAAUUGGGCGUCUAAACAAUUAUUGGACUUUGUUGCUUACAUGAAGAAUGGUGAUACCUCUGUACUGUCUCCGUUUGAUGUCCAGGUACUCGUUUUAGAAUAUAUUAAGCGAAACAAUCUUCAUGAUCCAUGUGAAAGAAGCCAUGUUUUGUGUGAUCAAAGGCUUGAAACUUUAUUUGGGAAAUCACGCGUGGGUCACAUCGAAUUGCCAAAGCUUCUUGAUUUUCACUUCCUCAUGAAACAGCAACCAGAAAAUGAUGAUUUUGUUCGAGGAAGGGUCGAUGAUGUAGAUGCAGUCCAGGUCCCAUCUGAUCGAAGUAAUAGUAACUUGAUGAGUAAUGAUAAGAAACAUAACACUCGUAAGAAAGCUGCAGAGUGUACACUUCAGGCUAGUCUGAAUGCAUAUGCUGCCAUUACUGUUUCCAACAUCAACUUGAUAUAUAUGCGACGUAGUUUGAUGGAGAAUCUAAUUCAAGUCAAAGAGAAAUUUCAUGAGAUGGUUGUUGGCUCACUGGUACGGAUAAGAAUAUCCGGCGACGAGCAUAAGCAAGAUAUGUACAGACUUGUCCAAGUUGUUGGUACUACCAAGGUGUCUGUACCAUAUAAAAUUGGCAAUACAACAUCAGAUAUCAUGCUCGAAAUAUUAAAUUUGGACAAGAAAGAGGUUACCUCAAUUGAUGCAAUUUCAAAUCAAGAUCUUUCAGAGGAAGACUGCAGACGGCUACGACAGAGUAUAAAAUGUGGACUUGUGAAACGUUUUACUGUAGGUGAGAUACAAAAAAAGGCAAAGCAGCUGCAGGUGGCAAAGCUCAAUGAUAGUUUGGAAGCAGAAAUGUUGCAGCUCAAUCAACUUCGGGACCGAGCAAGUAAAAAUGGACUUGAAAAUGAGUUAAGAGAAUAUGUAGAGAAAAUACAGCUUCUGAAGGCACCAGAGGAAAGGCAACGUAGACUAAGUCAAAUUCCAGAAGUAUGUAGUGAUCCAAAUAUGGAUCCCGAUUAUGAAUCUGAAGAAGAUGCUGGAGAACAUGGUCAUCAUGUCAAGCCUUGCAACCCUGAAUAUGAUAGAGAGGGAAGUGAAACAGUUUCUUUGAGAAAAAGAGAUGUUUCAGGUGAUAGUAGUGAUAGGCGCUGUAAUAGUUCAAGUCCUCCACUUGAGGGAAGCCAAAACGUGUGUGCUACGUCUUACCCAGAUAAAGAAGAGAGUGCUGCCAAAGCUCUGCAGAGACUGAGCGAGGGAAAAUUUGCAUGCAGGUCUAACAGCUUGGAGAGGGGAGGAUGCAACAGGCAAGCUGUAGCUACUUCUAAUAUUACAUCAGAAGCAUCAUCUGCACCUUUGUCAGACGGGAAUACUCUGUUUGCUCCUAAUGCUGAAAUGAAGUUGUGGCAUUACAGAGAUCCAAGAGGAUCAAUCCAAGGACCAUUUUCUAUUGUGGAAUUACAGAGGUGGAGUACCACCGGAUACUUUCCUCUUGAUAUGAGGAUAUGGGCAAAUGAUAAACUAGGUGAUUCAGUACUUCUGACUGAUGCUUUAAAAGACCACUUCCAUAAAGCUUUACCCGGGCUGAACGAUAUGUCAUCACAGUUGCGAGAAGCUGGAGGUACCCCUAAUAACAAAUUAUGUAAUUCCAGUUCUGUGCUGAGCAAUAAUACAAAUGCUGCAGAUGAUCGUCGGCAAAGUGGGGGGAACUGGCAUGGUAAUAUUGGAGCAGUAGAUUCUAUAGGUAAAACUGAUGUCGUUGGGAGUGAUAGGUUGGCAACACAGUCUUCUACUUGGACUGCACCUAUUGUUAGCUAUGACAAGGAUAUAACAGCUGGAACAGCUUCACAGAACCAGGAUUCAUUCAAGGGCAGUAAUAAUCUCUGCUACAAACCGCUGGAAGUGCAUAGUCAGUUAUCAUCAUCCACAUUUGCUUCGAGAGAUUAUGCAACCCAUCCACAUGAAUUGAAUUCCAAGGUCAGAUCAUGCAACUCUGAUCCAGAUCCUAAAAUUUCGCUUUCACAAGGAACAACAGUAUGUAACAACACAGGAGAAGUUCUUGGGAACCACUGUAGCAGCCAAGGUUUUGUAGGCCAAUCUUCUGAAAAAGGUUUGGGACAUUCACCUGUGAGUUUUCUACCAAACAACUUGGAUUUAAACUCUGUCUUUUGUCCAACCAAGUCCACUGAUUCACCUGACCAAAGUGGGGAAAUCAUUGAAAACAAGGAGUCUGUUUCUUCAAGUGUUAAUGUUCACGACCCAUACAUUAGGGACCAGCCAAAUUUUACACUCAUGAUAAACAACAAUGAUCAGAAAAAUUUGGCUGUUGAGAAAAAGCAACCUGUGACUUUAAAUAUAUCUGUUCAAGAUACCGCUCCUAGCUGGAGCAGCACCUCCAGUAUAAUGCUUAGUAGGUCACAGGCACCUGAAAUUACUGAUAAAUGGGCUGGAUAUUCCUCUGCUCCAAUGAAACAUUCUGUUGAGUGGGACUCCAAUCUCAACCCUGUCUCCUCUUCCCUGCCUGACCAUGUUGGUACAACAACUCCACGAAGUUGUGAACCUACCCACUUCACCCUAUUAAAUCCUGCAUCUAACUUCUCCAGUUGGCAGACACCUGGAAGUGAACCAAUAGAGUUUAGCACUUUGGCUGAAGAAUCAGUGUCAGAUUUACUGGCUGAAGUUGACGCAAUGGAGUCUCAGUGUGGCAUGGCUUCGCCUACAUCAAUGAUGAAUUAUGGCGAUGAUUUGAUUAAUUUGAACCUUGAGAUUGCCUAACUAGUACACUAUUUGUAUGUUUGUGGUAUAUUUCUUACAGUAUCAUUCAUUAAUAUUAUGGAGUUACCCCUGCAGUCCUGGAUCAGCAGAGGUCAGGCAUAACCUGUAUUAGUUUACUGUCGGCCUAUCUGACAGUAGGACUCCGGCCUUUUGACUUGAGUUGGUGUUAUUGUUGUAACAGCAGUUGAGAAUCCUGCUGUGCUUGAAUACCUGCGAAUUGCGAUAUUAAUAUUAAGUCACAGUGCAUCGCUCAUUAUGUUUUUGAA